AUGCUCAAGUCGUGGUUCUCCAGAGGCAGUAGAGCAGAAGAAGAUCACAAAUCCAAGUCCAAAUGCGACUACAUCUUCCCCACCGUCAACCCUGACGAAGACGGCCCUGACUGCCUCAAAGACUGCGCCGACUGCACCGUCCACCUGCCGGAGAAGUUCCACAUCGACACCCAGCGCGACCUGUAUGGCCAUAUCAAGCCCUUCACCACCCACAUCCUGGUGGCCACCGGCCGGUCAGACUGGACGCGCAAGGUCGAGCAGGAGAAGGGCAGUCUGAUGGAGGCGCUGCACGAGAGUCCGGUCAAAUCGCAGAAUGGGCGCAUUAUGGUGUCUGCGUCCAAUCUCCAAGUCCACCGGCACGAAUCACGGCAAGAUGAUUCCGAUGACAGCACGACGGUGCUUCUCUUGCCGUCGUUUACCUUUGUCGACAAUGUCACAAGUCGAGACAUCCCCGAACUGAUCUCCCGUUUCGUGGACGGAGACGCCACAGCUCCAGAUCAGACGUCCCGACUGGUGUCACGGCCCUGCGUGCACGACUACGUCGUCCUGCUCUGCUCGCACAAGCGGCGCGACGCCCGAUGCGGCAUUUCCGCCCCGUUGAUCAGGAAGGAGUUGGAACGACAUCUGCGCCCGACGGGGUUGUAUCGCGACGCGGACGACGAGCGGCCGGGCGGAGUUGGCAUCUACUACGUCUCCCAUGUCGGCGGCCACAAGUUCGCCGCCAACGUGCUCGUGUAUCGGAAGAAGGAAGGCCAGAUGAUCUGGUUGGCCCGCGUGCGGCCGGAGCAUUGUGAGGGUAUCGUCAAGUACACCAUCCUCCAGGGCAAAGUCGUGCACCCGGAGUAUCAGCUGCGGGGAGGGUUCGACAGAACGCGUGGAUUGACUAGUUGGUGA